AUGUCAAAAGCAUUUACUGCUCCAGGUAAAGCAUUAUUAGCCGGUGGUUAUUUAGUUUUAGAUCCAAUAUAUGAUGCUUAUGUUACUGCAUUAUCAUCAAGAAUGCAUGCUAUAAUAACUGAAAAAGAAUCAAUCAUUCAAAAUUCAUUAAUUUCAAUUUCGUCACCACAAUUCAAGAAUGGAAAUUGGCAAUAUAAAAUAGAGGAUAAUAAACCAAUUGAGGUCAAUAAUUUGAAAAAUCCAUUUAUAGAGUCAAUUUUAUUUAUAAUCUUAUCCUACUUCCAACCAACCACCAAUUUUAAUCUCGAAAUAAAAAUAUUUUCGGACCCAGGGUAUCAUUCUCAAGAAAAUACCACCUCCAAAACAUCAAGUAAUGGAAAAUUAACAUUUUUAUACCAUGAUAGAUCCAUAACAGAAGUUGAAAAGACGGGAUUGGGAUCAUCUGCUGGAUUAGUCUCCGUAAUCACAGCUGCAUUAGUUUCAUAUUUCAAAGUUGAAAUUAUCUCGUAUUUAGAUUUCAUCCAUAAUAUAGCACAAAUAGCACAUUGUCUUGCACAAAAGAAGAUUGGCAGUGGAUUUGAUAUAGCUACUGCAAUCUAUGGAUCAAUUAUCUACCAAAGAUUUGAACCAAAAAUACUCGAUAACCUAUUUGAAACAUUAGAAAAUAAACCACAGGAGUUUAAUGAAAAGUUGAGAAAUUGUGUCAAUUCAAAUUGGAACUUUAAACAUGUUUCGCGUGCUUUACCUUCCAAUCUAACUUUAUUAAUGGGUGAUAUUAAAAAUGGUAGCGAGACUCCUAAAUUAGUAUCUAAGAUAUUACAAUGGAGAAAAGACAAACCAAAAGAAGCGGAGACAGUAUAUGAACAGUUGAAUGCAGCUAAUAUGACCUUUAUGGAUCUGUUGAAAUCGGGGGAUAAUAAGCAUAUAUCGAAUUCGAUUUAUGCAAUUAGAAAAAAUCUACAAAUAUUGACGAAACUUUCUGGUGUCCCUGUUGAACCAGCAAUUCAAACUGAAUUAUUAGAUAAGAUUGCAUUAAUUGAUGGUUGUUUAGGUGGUGUUGUUCCUGGUGCUGGUGGAUUUGAUGCCAUUGCGGUAUUAGUAGAGAGUGAUAAAGUAGAAUAUUUUAAAAAGACUACAGAAGCAGAUGUAAAUAAUUACAAUAAUGUUUAUUGGGUGAAUUUACAUGAAGAAUCAAAUGGACUUAUUGAAGAAAAUCUUGAAAAUUAUGUAGGUUUAUAA